UUUGCCAUUUAUUACGAGUUACAACUAUAGACACUCCGUCCCACUUUCGCACCAAACCAAAACCACACUCGCACCUCUCUUGUCCUCCUCCGCCGCCGCAAAUGGCGUUCCUCCGAGCACGCACCACCCUUCUAACCACCUUCCGCCGCACCUUCUCUUCCUCCUCCUCAACCCCCAUCAACGAAACCAAACCCCCAAAAAUGGCCGACUAUCUCCUAACCAACGAUCUCGCCUCCCAAAUCGGCACUUCAAUGCCCAUCUCAAUGAUGCGAAUCGGAACCCUAAUCCACAACAUCGAGCUCCGACCCAGUGAAGGGGGCAAGCUCGUCCGCUCUGCCGGCACCGUCGCUAAAAUCCUCAAGGAACCCUCGUCCACCCGCCGCGUCCUGGUUCGCCUCCCUUCUGGGGUUAGCAAGCUUAUUGAUACUCGAUGUCGCGCUACAAUUGGGUCUGUUUCGAACCCUUCUCAUGGGGCCAAGAAGCUCAAGAAAGCUGGGAAUAGUCGGUGGCUUGGAAGAAGACCGGUGGUUCGUGGUGUUGCUAUGAACCCUAUUGAUCAUCCUCAUGGUGGUGGUGAAGGGAAGAGUAAAGGGCAUUUGUCUGUUUCUCCUUGGGGUAAGCCUACUAAAGGUGGGUAUAAGACUGCUUGUCCUAAGAAGAAGAAUCGCCUUAUUUAGGAUCCUUUGAUUUUGGUUAGGUCAUUCCAGCAGCUGCCAUGUAAGUCUAUUAGAACAUCUUCAACUUCUGGUAAUUUAGGAAGCGUUGGAAUUCCAAUAGAAGGCCUGAUAGACAUCCGUUGUGGCUUGUUCUGGAGUUGUGAAAUAUAACCAGUGUUAAGUGAGCUUUUCUGAUCAACAUACGUGACAGAUCUAAUGAUAAAAUACUUUUACAUGUUCUUGGUUCUAUUUUUUUGAAGAUAGCUAUGGUAACUAGUAAGUUUGGCUAUGCUUCUUUGAUGGAAUGACGGUAUAGUUUCUAUUCUGUGGCCGGUCCUUUUAAGGUUUCCUUGCCAUAUUGCUUGAUUGCUUCUUUCACGGUCCUGUUAUCCGUUAAUGCUUUCCUGUUUGGGAUUUUGCUUCAGGAGAAUAUCCUUAGGAUUAAUGAAUAAUUUGAUCCUGAAGUCCAUUUUUUGUAGGUAUUUCUUCGACCAUCUUUUGGAAAAAUUAAUUUGGUAUUACCUGCUAA